GCUCGAAGAGAAUUACAUUGUGUGUGAAGGCGUCUGCUUACCACGGUGCAUCCUUUACGCACACUACCUGGAUUUCUGCAGGAAGGAGAAACUGGAGCCAGCCUGUGCAGCCACCUUUGGGAAGACAAUUCGCCAGAAAUUCCCUCUCUUAACAACGAGACGACUUGGAACAAGGGGCCAUUCAAAGUAUCAUUACUAUGGGAUUGGCAUCAAAGAAAGCAGUGCAUAUUACCACUCCGUUUACUCUGGAAAGGGCCUCACAAGGUUUUCUGGAAGCAAGCUGAAGAACGAGGGUGGUUUCACACGUAAAUAUUCUCUUAGCUCAAAAACGGGAACUCUUCUUCCAGAAUUCCCCAGCGCUCAGCACCUUGUGUACCAAGGAUGUGUUUCUAAGGACAAGGUCGACACCCUCAUAAUGAUGUACAAAACUCACUGCCAGUGUAUCCUGGACAAUGCAAUCAAUGGGAACUUUGAGGAGAUCCAGCAUUUCUUACUACACUUUUGGCAAGGAAUGCCUGACCAUCUUCUUCCCCUGCUGGAAAAUCCUGUGAUCAUUGACAUUUUCUGUGUCUGUGACUCCAUCCUCUAUAAGGUUCUCACAGAGGUACUCAUCCCCGCAACAAUGCAAGAAAUGCCUGAAAGCCUAUUAGCCGACAUAAGAAAUUUUGCUAAAAAUUGGGAGCAGUGGGUUGUUUCAUCUUUGGAAAACUUACCAGAAGCCCUCACUGACAAGAAAAUACCCAUUGUGCGGAGAUUUGUGUCCUCCCUGAAGCGACAGACGUCUUUCUUACAUCUUGCUCAGAUUGCCAGACCAGCUCUUUUUGACCAACAUGUUGUGAAUUCUAUGGUGUCUGAUAUUGAAAAAGUUGACUUGAAUAGUAUUGGGUCUCAAGCUCUUCUUACCAUUUCGGGCAGCACAGAUACUGAAUCUGAUAUCUACAGUGAACAUGAUUCCAUAACCGUGUUCCAAGAACUGAAGGACCUCCUUAAGAAGAAUGCCACAGUGGAGGCUUUCAUCGAAUGGCUGGAUUCUGUGGUGGAACAGAGAGUGAUUAAGACCAGCAAACAAAAUGGAAGAUCAUUAAAAAAGAGGGCUCAAGACUUUCUGCUGAAGUGGAGCUUUUUUGGGGCUCGAGUAAUGCAUAAUCUCACCUUGAACAAUGCGUCAAGUUUUGGCUCUUUUCACCUGAUCCGAAUGCUUCUGGACGAGUACAUUCUCCUGGCCAUGGAGACUCAGUUUAACAAUGACAAAGAGCAAGAACUACAGAACUUACUGGACAAGUACAUGAAGAAUUCAGAUGCAAGUAAAGCCACCUUUACUGCCUCCCCGAGUUCCUGCUUCCUGGCCAACCGCAAUAAAGGGAGCUCAAUUUCCAGUGAGGCGGUGAAGAACGAAAGCCACGUGGAGACAGCCUACCUUUCUCUGCCCUCUGGCCAGGCUGGAGGUCUGGGCCCUGCUCUGCAUCCCUUCCCUGCUGGGGGCGCGGAUAGCAUGCAGCUCACAGGUCAAAUGGAGCUUUCGCAGAGCAGUGGUCCCUUGAUGACACCACCCAUUUCCCCAGCUAUGGCCAGCCGAGGAAGCGUCAUUAACCAGGGGCCGAUGGCAGAAAGGCCCCCGAGUGUGGGUGCUGCGCUCCCAGUCACCCCUCACUGCUCAGCCUACCCUGAGGCCAUUUAUCCUGCUCUGCCGCAGGCCGCCCAUGACUUCUAUGGGGCCAACUGCAGCUACCAGACUGUGUUCAGGGCCCAGCCCCAUGCUUCCUCAGGACUUUACCCUCGUGCAGAGCACAGCCGGUACAUGGUGUGGACGGAGCAGCAGCUUCCCCGAGACUUCUUCAGCAGCAGCUGUGCUGGGUCUCCGUACAGUUCUCGGCCGCCCUCUAGCUAUGGCCCAUCCCCACAUGCCCAGGAGUCCCACAGCAUGCAGUUUGUCAACACGGGAAGCUUCAACCUCCUGAGCAGCUCAGGGACUGCCAGCUGCGAAGGAGCAACACUGCCUUCUAAUUCACCCAAUGGGUACUAUGGAAGCAACAUCAGCUACCCUGAGCCUCACAGGCUGGGACCCUUGGUGAACCAGCACGUCUCUGUCAUCAGCAGUGUGCGUUCUCUGCCUGCCUACAGUGACAUCCAUGACCCACUUAACAUCUUAGAUGAUGGCAGCAGAAAGCAGACUGGAUCCUUCUACUCAGACACAUCAACUCCAGGUGCAUGUCGGACCCCAGUACUAGCCUCCAGUUUGCAAACCCCAAUGCCUUCCUCUUCAUCCCAAUGUAUGUACGGAACUUCUAACCAGUAUCCAGUGCAAGAGACCCUGGACUCCCACGGAGCGAGCAGCAGUGAGAUUAUGUCCUCUUUGCCGCCCAUCAACACUGUGUUUAUGGGAACAACAGGGGGAGGCACCUAAACCAACCACUUCAGAAACUUUAACCAUUUCUGCCAUGCAGUUCCUUCAGACUGCGAUGGAAGUGAAGGAAGGAGUGGACCCAGCAGCUGGAAAUGGCGGCAUUCAUGCUACGGACAAAUACAUGGUGGAUGGAGAUGCUUGUGGUUUGCCUUGCACACACAUAGUUUAAAGUGUGAUCGCCUUGUUAGUCAUAGUUUUAAACACUAUCAAGUGAAAGCAGCGGAGAUUUGAAGAUAUAAACAUUUCAACUGUGAGGAUUUACUAUUUUACUCUUUAAUUUAUUGAAAAUCUGUAUGUCCUUCCUCUUGGGCCUCUAAAAAAGAAAAAAAAGUAUAUUUAAUGCCUUUACAAUACCUUUAAUUUAUUAGGCUCUGAGAAUCAUUGUUUACUAUCGCUUGUUUGACCAAAAGUCAAAAGUGUAUGUACUACCUCUUAUGGAAAUGUUUACAAUGUCCACUUAAUUUAAUUCAGCCCAAACCAAAGGGGCUUGACUCUCAAUUCCUGGACAUUAGUGGGAUGAUUCCUGUUACAUAGCAAUAGCCCAAUUCUGUGUAACUACAAAAGAUGACAAAUGUUUUUCCUCUAUUUAAAAAGAUAAGAAGAAAUAAAAUAAAUAAUGU